UAAAUAGAAGAGGAGAUUUAAAAUGAUUACAAAAGGAAAUGGGUGGCUGACAAAAAGCAAUAAAGUAGUCAACUGUACAUGGCUACAAUGCUAGCAUUGUACGAAGUAAUCUCUACACUUUGCAAGUUCAAAAUAAGUACAAAUAAUUGGAGGGAAACUUUACAAAAGCUGUACAAAAAUCUGCAAAACAGCUGAAAUUUUUAACUUUUCCCUCCACAAACAACAUUACAAAACCACAUUCAGACCACAUUCACUUCUUCUACCUACUACUCUUCUUGCUGGUCUCGCAGUUUUACUUCCAUACCCAACAGAAAAAUGGAUUUAAAUGCUAUCUUUUUCUUGUACAGACCUUGUACUUUACAGUCCACCUCUAGCUUUCUCACCUCCUCUUGUGCCUGAGGAAACACAAGAAAGACAAACGAAUAUUCCCAAGAAGUACACAGUGCUAUCUCACAAGGCCAGAAAAAGAGCUGUGGACCAACUUUUAGCUGAGUCCAACAAUGGCAAAAUUCGUAAAGGCAUAAUAAAUGCUAUAGCAGCUGAAUUUAAUGUAUGCAGUAGAACAAUGUUUGGAAUUUGGAUAAAAGUGAAGACACAAAUGCAAGUUGGAGCAGACAUUGAUGUGAAACCUAAAUGGAAAGGAAAGAGUGGCAUCAAAAAAAUUGAGAUUGACAUUGAAAAGAUGAGAAGCAUCCCCAUUUACAGAAGAAGCACAAUGAGGUCACUGGCAGUUGAAAUAAAUGCUUCUAAAUCUACAAUUCAAAGGUUGGUCAAAGUUAAGGCAAUUAAAAGACAUUCAAGUGCAGUUAAGUCCAUGCUAACACAUAAAGGUAUGAGGUUAAGAAUGCAGUUUUGUUUAAACCAUUUAAUUCCUCAUACAAUUCCAUCCAACCCCACUUUUCAUGAUUUUACCGAGUAUGUGCAUAUAGAUGAAAAAUGGUUCAAUCUAACCAAUGAAAAGCAGAAUGUGUAUAUGCACCCCGAUGAAUGCGAUCCGUUAAGGGCUGUCCAAAGUAAACGAUUCAUACCAAAAGUUAUGUUCCUUGCUGUCGUAGGGAGGCCUGUAUUAGGGGAAAACAGAGAGGUGUUAUGGGAUGGCAAGAUCGGGGUUUUCCCAUUUACUUAUCAAGAUACGGCUAAAAGAAACAGCAAAAACAGAGAAAGGGGAACUCUACUCACAAAUCCAAUUCUUAGUGUCACAAGAGAGGUCAUAAAGCAAUUUAUGAUCGAAAAAGUAUUGCCGGCAAUCAAACUGAAAUGGCCAGCAGGAGCUAGUAAACGCAUUAUCAUUCAACAAGAUAACGCAAAACCACACAUUGAAUGUCAUGAUUUAGACUUUGUUGCUGCUGCAACAGAGGGUGAAUGGGCUAUUGAGUUAACAUGUCAGCCACCAAAUAGUCCUGAUCUUAAUGUGUUGGAUUUGGGAUGGUUUAGGGCUAUUGAUGCACUAAAGCAUAAAAAGGGUGCAAGAACUUUAGAUAAAUUAGUGCAUCAUGUUGAACAAUCAUUUUAUGAGCUGGACCCGAUAUAUCUUAAUCGAGUGUGGUUGACAUUGCAAAAUGUUAUGGUGGAAGUGUUAAAAUGCAAGGGACAUAACAAGUAUAAAUUGCCUCACAUGGGAAAGGAAAGGUUAGAGAGACUAGGCAUGUUGCCAAAUGCUAUUUCAGUGGACCCUAUGUUGGUUGAGGAAGCUAUUGCUUAUAUUGAGUUACCAAUGGAGGCAGUACUGACAGAAGCUGAACAAACUGAGUUACCAAUGGAUCCUAUGUUGUAGACUGUUUUUCUUGUUCACCUAGCCCAUUUUGCUUAGUUUUUUUGCUUAACAUGUCGUGUUUAACGGGUAGAUUGUUUUUGAAGGGUUUUAGACUAUUUUUUGCUCACCUAGCCCAUUCACCUUAGUUUUUUUGCUUAACAUGCAGUGUCCAUUUUUGCUUAAAAACUAAAACUAUAUUCAUGUGAACAAAGUGAAUUUUGCUUUGAUUUGAAGGAGUAAAAUUUGGCAAUUUGAAUGUGUCUAAGAGUUCACUUUUACAUAAUAGAAGUGGCAGUAAAAGGUUGAGAGUAAUGAAGGUAUAAAGAUUGAAUCCAAGAUUCCAGUUGAAAAUCACUUCAUAUUCUUGCUUUGAUAUGGUUCCAAAAAAAUCCUCUAACAAAUGAAGUACUCCGUAAGAUAUUUCAGUGGCGGUGAGAUUGCAAUCCACCAGAAUUUAACUGAUUUAAGUAUGAUAAAAUUCAACUUUAAUUAAUAAAUAAUCAAACAAUAGUCUAGAAACAAAUCGGUCAAAAUUCUCAAAUAGCAACAUCAAACAAUAGGUUUUCCAAUAACAGAAAUAGUAAGGAGUAAUUUAACCUACCUGGAAUGGAUGAAUCUCAAGGCUGAAUUUUUGAAUCAGGAACAUCUUCAUCUUCUUCGCAGGUCACCAUCAUCUUCUUCGCAUCUCACCAUCUAUUUUCUUUGUCUUCUUCCUCCGGAUCUGGAAUUUCGCAGGUCAUGUUCGCAGGCUCUUCCGGAAGAUUGUGGUCACCAUCUUCGUAUUUUGCAAUUUUGCAAGAGCAUGUCAUGUUACUAGUCUCUUCCGGAUCUGUUAUCUACGGAGUAUUUCACAGUUGAUUCAUUGAUCGUAGAAACAAGACUCCACAAAUAAGGGAGUUCUGAGGGAAUCGAUGGUCUGCGGCGCCUGAAGCGCAAGAGAACGAUGGUCUGCGGCGCUCGUUAGCUGGGUGGGUUUGAGUUCGUUUUUUCUGGGCGUCUUGGUCAAAAACCUCUCCUCAGUCCAUUUCUGAGCUCGGAUUUGCGAUUGGAACGAUGAUUUCUGGCCAACAACUCAUGCUCUGAACUUGUUGCACUGUUCAUCCGCCAGGUAGAUUUUUGUUUAAUACCUUCGUCUGCGGCCAUUAAUCCUAGUUUUACUGUGUGCUUGGUGUUCGCCGUCCUGAGCCGCACCUUCUACACCUCUUUUUUGGGCGAGGUGAGGUCACGCGGUUGGUCACCGAUAUUUGGGUCGCUGUUUCUUCUUCGUUAAUUGCCCAGACAGGCUAUGGUGCGAAAAAAGCAGGUCGAGACGUCCACAUUAGGAAAUACCAGCUCCAGGUUUGCGCUUCUAACAGAAAUGGACGAGGAAUUCCCAGCCCUAAUUUCUGGGAAUAAUGUGAAGAAGACAACAACAUCACUUGAGGUUGCCAUUGCCUCGUCUGCAGCUGCUACUAUUGAGGCUGAGUCCUCUGUCCCAGGUGCAGGGACUUCUGCUAAGAAAGCCCAGGCUGGAAAUGCUGUUACCAAAGCUGGGGUUGAGACAAAACAGGGGAGUUUUAUCCAAACUGCAGCUCCACUUGCUUACGCUACAAAGGUCCACAAUGCUACUGCUAACCUGUGGCAAUGAAAUUGGUACCUAAACCUGGGGCACCGGCAGUUCAGCCUACUGUUAAGGGGCCAUCAGCUUCUGGACUGCUAGUUUCGGACAAAGCUUUAGGUACUGGGGCUGAGAAAUCCUCGUUAGAUGCUAGUAAAGAGACUGAAAUGGUACCAAAACCAUGGAGCACUCUAUUUAAAGACAAUCGUGAUCCCACUCAUGGGCUCAAAUUGAGAUUUGUCCAACCAAAAGGAAACUCUCUGGACUUUGCUGAUAGGGUGCUGCCAUCUAUGGUUGAGAUGUGGGGGUAUUGCCUCGUCGGUUUUUUCACGGGUAAAUUCCCCGGCCUAAAGGCCAUCCAUGAACUUAAACAAAAAUGGGGUGUGAGAUGUCUUGUGAGGAGCCAUGACAAGGAUUGGAUUAUUUUCAAGUUUCAAAAUGAAGCAGAUAGAACUCAAGUGCUAAAGGAGGGGCCCUACACGAUCUUUGGGAAAUCCCUUAUGCUUAAGGUACUCUCGGAGGAUUUCUCUUUUGAAGAUAAAGAAUUCCUCAAAGUUCCUAUUUGGGUCAAAUUCCCUAACCUACCUAUGAAAUUAUGGAACGAGGAUGCUAUGAGUGAGGUUGCUUCGAUGGUUGGGGUCCCAUUCACUACGGACAAAGUCACCCAAGAAAGGACAAAUCACAAGUUUGCUAGAGUGUUAAUUGAGAUCGAUGUUUCAAAGCCGCCAACACUAUCAUUUCCUAUACGGCUACCUUCACGCAAGGUUGUCAAACAAUUUGUGGUUUAUGAAACAUUUCCUAACUUUUGCUUUCAUUGCAAAGAAUAUGGGCACCACCCAUUUAUUUGCAAAAAGCUCUCAAAGGAAAAUUUGGAGAAUGAUGAGAAGGAAAACAAAGGUGAGAUUGAGGUUGAAAAUUCUACACAACAAGAAAAGAAGGCUGCUGCCCGGGAAGGUACUCUAGCUCCAGGGGCUAACUCUACCCAUGAUACUGCUGAUUUUGAAGUUACUGCUGAUGCAAUUGAUGAUAUUGUUGCUGUGCUUGAAGAAGAUUCUGUUGCUGCGGUUGUACAAACUGCUCUUGAAGCUACUGCUGAAUUUAAAGAAACUAUUUCUGCGUUUAAUGAACCUGCUGCGGUACCAUCUGCCCAAGAAGCUACUGCUGCGUUUAAAGAACCUGCUGCUACUGCGCUUAAAGGGGUUGCUGCUGCUGUUCCCAAUCAAGCGUUUAAAGAGGGUGCUGCAGCUGCUGCUUUUGAGGAACCUGCUGCAACAAUUGAAGCUGCUGCAUGUGAUGAACCUGCUGCAGAAAUUGAGCUACCUACUGUGUUCAAAGAGGGUGUUGCAGCUGCUGCAUUUGAAGAACCUGCUGCAGCAAUUGUAGCUGCUAGAGCUGCUGGAAUGGGAGUUACACCGACACAAGUUCAUGAAGUGGAAGCCGUUGCUACUGCCGCGCCGGACCAGCUGUUGCAACCUCCCAAACCACUUGUCAGCUACACUCUAAGAGUCCGUGUGGGGAAGGAUGGGAAGAAAAGAUUUUUUAAAAAUGAUGUUGAGAUUAGUAAUAAUGUAUUGAAUUAAUUAUCUCGGGGCCUGUCCCGAUAUUUACUAGUCUGAUGGUUUGGGAUGUUUAAAUCUAGGUUAUUUUAUUCUAUCCUAGGUAGUCCGCUUUGAUUUUUAGACGCAUUGUAUGAUGCUAUUUUUGGGUGUUAAUACAAUUACCUUUCAUCCAAAAA